AUGCUGUAUCUCAGUAUACGCUUCACUAAUCCGUACCAAACUCGUGACAUCGAGACUUAUAACUACUUUUGCGGCGAUGAUGAUUGGUGUUCAAAAGGAAAGCACUUAAUGUGUGAUACAUCGGCAAUUAAUGGACAAGGCAAAUUUGAUCGCCACAUGCCAUUGACUUUCAAAGUUCGGCGACUAUUUUUGGAGUAUCACAAUCAAUUACGUGAUAAAACAGCCGGAACUAAAAAAGCAACGCGCAUGCGUAACCUCAUCUGGGAUAAUGAACUGGCCCACUUGGCACGUACGCAUACCGCACUAUGUCCAGACAAGCCCAGUGAAUGUCAUAGGACUGCACGUUUCGAAAAAGUUGGCAUCAAUACCUUUCUGCAGAAUGGUUCAGAUUAUAUUCAAAUCGAUGAUCUGAUGCCUAACACGUUCAAGAGUUGGGAGACUGAUGAUUCAACACAACACAAAGUGCUCGUGCAUGAUCAGGCAUCACGUGUGGGCUGUGCCAUCGGUUACUGCGUUGACUGCGACGGUAAUAAGGAGCAUUGCUACUUUAUAACGUGCUUUUAUGACAUGGACUUCAAAGAGGGUGAUACGACUCAAGAAACUGGAGAUGCAGCAGCCUCCAAAUGCAACGUUUGGGAUUCAGCGAAGGAUGAAAAGUAUACAAAUCUUUGUCAUAACACAGGAAAAAUUUUCUGA